ACGCAAUCACCAAAUGAUCCGUCUCCGACCGGUCGGGUACUCCUACUACUUGAUCUCUGAAUCCACCGGCUACCAUCAUUAUACAUCAAUUUGUUGUCUUCUCUCCCAGGCUCCCUGAUUCCUCAACCACACAGAUGGCCGGAGAGCUCAAUUGCCACCACAAAUGAAUUAUAAUAUAAUAUUAGUUAGAUUUAUGAUUAAUCAAAAUCACGAUGGCGCUGCUGAUUGAGUAGGAGAACGGCUGCGCGGAGGAGUACGUGCGGGCGGUGGAGGCGAAGCUCGGCGAGCUUCACUGGAGGAAACCCAAAACAAUUGAAGUGGUCCCCCAUCUCUCUUGCGCCGUAUGCUAUUGAAUUGAAAAAAUAAACUAUUUUCCGAAGUGGACGUACGGACGCCGCUUCAAUCUCCUGCUGUUUCCCGUCUCUAGUGAAGCAGAGAAGAGGAGUGGAGCAGUGGCGGCGAUUGGACUGGGAGAGAGAAACCACGGCGGGCGUCGGAGGUAUGAAGGGUACGAGAGAGGAAGGGGUGGGUAUUAGUGUGCUAUCGAGUGGUUAGAUAGCCUGUGAAUCGGUUAGGGUUAUACGAGUUAAUUUGAAUGCUUAAAUGAAUUUUUUAUUAAUAUUUUUAAUGACGUGUCAUGCUGAUUGGGCGAAACUAACAGAUUUUUGAACAGAAGUGGACGGAUUGACCUUUUUGUUAUUCACUUAAACUUGUUUUACUGAAACGUGCAAAAUUAAAGGUUUGUGACCAUUCUGUACAAAGUGAAUAGGUUUGUGAUCAUUUGUGAUAACUACCCGCCAAAUCAUACUCCCUAUACUUCCAAUUUUCUUUUCCUCCUUAUUUGUUACUUUUGUCAAACAUUAUCGGUUAAUACUAUCUUCCUCCGUCCAAUUUUCACCUUCUUUUUCAUUCUCUCUUUUGUUUUUCGCAUUUUCAUUAAACACGAAUACAAGCAUGGCACGAGCACGAAUAAGCAUGACACGAUUCGAACUGUACCCAAAUCUAAGUCGGACCUAACAAAAUUAACAAAUGAACUUGCAUGUCACGACACGAAAUAAUUGCGCCGCCCGAAGCGUCCCGUGCCGUGCCCAUGUACACUUGGGUCUUAGUCCCACACAAGCUCCGCCGUAGGGUUUCAUUUCAUGUUUAUCCACUUCCCUUUCAUCCACUUUCUCUCACCACUCCACUCCCUCUCACUAUCUCCCUACCUGCUUCCUUCUUCUCUCUUUUCUUCUCUGGAUUUCUCCUCCUAAAAAUCUGCUCAUCAAUUCAUCUCCAGCCUCUCCAUCUUUACAUCAGGUGCGUUGUUGAAGCUUCCAUUCCCUCUCUUUUCAACUUCCCUCUGAUCAUUUUCUUUCCCUGGUAUUGCUAUUCCUUUGUCAAUCAAUCUCCAUUUUUGCACAACCUUCAUCACUAACUCUGCUUUCAAGUGGUUAGCCUCUUUUUAGCUGUAGAUUUGCUUCUUGUUAUGUGCAGUAAUUUCAUCACUUUAUCCUGUUACGCUUACUUCAUCUCCUUUAACUUUUUUUUGGUCUCUCCGUUUUCGGUUUGACUGUACCAGAAUGCAAGGCGCAGUUCAGGGUUUCUUCUCCCGCGCUGGCGUGGUGAAAUCUAGUCUCCUGCAGCACGUCAGGGUCCUGAAUCCGGCCCUCCGCCCGCUCGUCUUCUCCCGAUCAGAAUCGGUCUCAUCGGCUCGCAUCGAGGAGCACGGAUUCGAACACACCACCAUCGCCGACGUCUUGACUUCCAAGGGCAAGAGUGCCGAUGGCUCCUGGCUCUGGUGCACCACCCAGGACUCCGUUUAUGAUGCUGUUCAGUCGAUGACGCAGCACAAUGUUGGAGCCUUGGUGGUUGUGAAACCUGGAGAGCAGCAAUCGGUUGCUGGUAUUAUCACCGAGAGAGACUACCUGAGGAAGAUCAUAGUUCAGGGAAGAUCAUCCAAGUCCACAAAGGUUGGGGAUAUCAUGACUGAAGAGAACAAGCUUAUCACAGUGACUCCUGACACUAAAGUUCUGCGUGCAAUGCAACUGAUGACCGAGAACCGCAUCAGGCACAUCCCUGUAGUUAACGACAAAGGAAUGAUUGGGAUGGUGUCCAUUGGUGACGUUGUCCGUGCUGUGGUGAGUGAGCAUCGAGAGGAGUUGGACAGGCUGAAUGCCUUCAUACAAGGAGGUUACUAGAUAACCAUCCAGAUGAAAAUGAUGAUGAUGACGAAGACAACAACAAAGGAGAGUUUGUAAAUAUGUGUUUGUACUGGGAAUGAAUGUUAUCCCCCGGUUUUUCAUGGUGUUUGAAUUACUGCUACCAGACUUGCCAGUUAAUAACGAGAUAGGUGUGCUCCCUAUGUGGAUCGGAGCUGUAACUUUCUUGCUGCUGCUGGAUGUUGGACAGCCUCUCCCGCAAAUUUAUUUACUUUUACCUCCCCCUUGGAAGCUGAAACAAUGCUUCUAUCGACUUGCAUUCCCUAAAAAUUUACUGUGCCGUUUAUGCAACUCGGAUGUUUAUAGGAUUUGACUAUAAGCUGCGAUGGCUGAUGGACGUGGAGCACUGCAGAACCGACUGAACCGUUGUGCGUGCGUAGAUUCUUUUAUGUGCUUAUCCUAGAAAUAGAAUCAACCUUUAGUUUUCUUCGGGAUCCUAUUAUUCGUUUAGAUUUGGCAAGUUAGUAAUUCUUAUGCCAGACCGAGCUGCUGGCUACGGACAGGGUUAUGAAAGUGUCACAUGAUUAAAGGAAAAAUAUGUUA